AUGUCUGUAGUCAAGUUUACAUUAUCUAGUGAUGACCAAGACGGUGUUCCAUGCCCAGAUUCUAUUCCUUUGAAAGUUGAUGAAAUAACAAAAAGUAUAGUCGGUCAUCUUAAAACUCAGUGCUCAAAAAUUCUCUCUGGAAGCUGGUCUGAUACAAAUAAUUUCUGUGUUGAGCUAUCGAAGAGUUGUGGACUAAGCAAUUAUCUAUAUAUUGGAUAUUUAAAUAAUGAUAUUAUUUCUUUGGAAAAUGAACCACGUAAAGUACUUAUUCGAGUAUAUGGUGAAGUAUUGAGAAGUUGUACAGACUCGAUUAUCUCUGAUUCAGUUAAUUUUGCAUUACUUUCGGAAAAAAGGAUUGGGCCUAAACUUCAUGGUGUAUUUCCCGGUGGACGAAUUGAAGAAUUUAUUGAGUCCAGACCUUUAACUACACAAGAACUUCCACUAGUUAUUGAAGUAGCAGCACGGCAUAUGGCUUCUUUCCAUAAAUUAUCCAUGCCAUUUUCAAAAACCCCAUCAUUCAUAAUAAGAAUGUUUGAUAAAUAUCUUAGUCAGUUGACAAGCACACCUGAACAUUUACAUCGUCCAUCUCCAAAUUUUUCUUCGAAUACUUUAUCUGAAUUAGAAUCAAAAGGUUUCUCUUUUGCUAAUGAUGGACAUAUAUUGACGGAACCAUCUUACGAAGAAGCUAGAAAUAUGGUAUAUGAAUUAUCUCUCAUAGAGGAAUAUAAUUGGAUAAAAGAAAAAUUUGAAGUUCAUUAUGCUGAAGUAUUCCCAAUUGUAUUUUGCCAUAAUGAUUUCCAAGAAAAUAACCUACUUCUUUUAAAUGAUCCGAAAGUUGAUAAGGUCUAUCGUAUUCUACCAAUCGACUUCGAAUACUCUGGUUAUAAUUAUCGUGCUUUUGAUGUUGGGAAUCAUUUUAAUGAGUGGUGUUAUGAUUACACGAACCCUGAUCAACCAUAUUAUUUUCACAACAUUGAAAAUUACCCAGAUCGUUCAAAACAAAGGCUUUUUUGGAAAGCAUAUCUAACUGAAACUUAUUCAAAUGUAGAAAAUGAUCAUUUUAAUAAAAGAAAUGGUAAUUUCAAUUGUGUUGAUAAUUAUGAACAUAAUAAUAAUAAUGUUGUUCGAUUUGCUAAUCAUCAUGAAGAGGAUUGUGAUUAUGAAAAUUUAUGGAUUGAAACAAUCUAUGGUUCAUUAUUAUCACAUUUAUUUUGGUCUGCAUGGUCACUUGUUCAAAGUCAAUUAUCAAGUAUUCAGUUUGAUUUUAUGGAUUAUGCUAAAGUUCGUAUGAAACAUUAUCAUCUUAUGAAAUCUUGGUUACCACGCGAACAUUUGUGA